AUGAAACGGAAGGUGCUUUACGUGGCACAGCCCUCUUGUGUUCCUUGGAGUCUGGAUGAUGCCGACCUGUUAGCACUGGCAGAGAUGACCAAAGCGAAGUUGAGUGCAGAGGGUCAUGUCUGGGUCACCUACGGCAACCGCGAGAACGGCGGAGCCCAGUUCGCCGCGGCCGCCGCCGCUGCGGGCCUCGCGGUGGAAGAGCGGCGCCUGGAGGAGUUCGUGCCGGCGGAGCUCUUGCAGAGCCGAGCGGCCAGCGCUUUGCGACGGGUGAAGGUGUUUCACCUCCAACACGCCGGCUACCUCAUCGAGCAGUUCGACUAUUUCAGCACGUUGGUGGCGGACUACGAGUACGCCGAGAGGCUGUGCUUCAACCGCACCAGGCGACGGAACCGGGUGCUGGUCAGUCAGGAGAGGGCGGGCAGGGUGCACGGCGACUUCACCGCAGAGUGCGACAACUUCCAGGAGCCGAGUUGA